AUGUCGUACUACGCUGGCUUUUCGUUGAAGGAGGUAUACAAGAAGCGAUGCGCGGAUCUGCAGUGCGCUGCCAAUUCGGUGGUGGUGAAGCUGCUGUCGGACGUUCCAGACGACUUCACCUCUCUUACUUCGCUCGACCUGUCACGCAACUUCCUCGGCACCAAGGGCGUCAUUCCUUUGCUGGACGUGGUGGAGUGUGCAAAGGCACUACAGAGCCUGGACCUGCGCAAUCAGGAGCUGGGCAACGAGGCGGUCGCCAUCAUAUGCGCGCGGCUGCGGCGACACCCCUCCUUGCAAAAGCUGAACAUCUCCGACAACCCCAUCACCCUCGCCGUGGGACCCGACUUGUUGGAGCUGGCCAAGAACAACGCGGUGCUGCAGUACAUUUUUCUUGAGCACACGCUGGUGCGGCCGUCAAUGGUGACCACGAUUGAGGUGCAGCUCGAGAAGAAUCGCCAGCGGGCCCAAAGUCCCACACCACCUGUUCGCCCCGCAUGGAAACGGUCGGCGUCGCCGCCAGUUUUGUCUGCUGAUGCUGUAGGUGCUGCUACUGCGGCCGUCUCUGCACCGCCGGCGGCUUCACGAUCGCCGACGACGGACACCGACGCGUCGCCCCCCGCGAGGGUAACGGUGUCGUCGCCCACCGCCGCCGGUGGUGGCGCAUCGGCCGCCUCGUCUCUAUUACGGAAAGCGUCCCACUCGCCUCGUGCGAAGGCCGCAUCCGCUCGCAAGCGUUGCCCUCCACACGAAGUCCAACACGUGCUGCGCUCCUUCACGCACGCCGUCAACGAUGUGCUCUUUGAUGUGGACCCCUCCAGCGACUUGUGGGACUGGUGCGAGGACCGGCACUACUUCUUCGACGACGAUCAGUUCAGCUCGCACAACGACGACCUCCACCGCACGUCGCGGCACACGUACGGCAUUUCCGGCUGGCGGCGCGUGGGGGAGCUGUACCCGCAGGCCACCCUUUUUGGCCGCGGCGCCGUGUCGAACUUCUGCACCGUCAGCGAUGACCACAGCACGGCUGCCGACAACCACGCCACGGCGGUGUCUGCCGCUGCCGCGAGUGGACUGCUGCCCGAGGCGAACUCGCUCUUUGUGCAGCUGCCCGCAGACAUCCCAGAGGGCUUCUCGUGGACGUUCACCUCGGUGGUGGCGAGUGUACGGACCAUCAACAGCUUGCAGACAUUGUUGUGCUGUCCCUGCCCAGGCGCCACGGCCACAGCGAGCACUCCUGCUCCGUCGUCAUCGGGUCCACUGCUGUCGCUGCAGCGAGGGACGGAGUUCCCCGGCAUCUACGUGAUGCGGCUCCACGUCGAGGGCGUCUGGCGCUACCUCAUCGUUGACGACUUCCUCCCCGUCGACAAGCUUGGCCGCCUCAUCUUCACUAAACCCACCGUCAACGACACCGCGUUCUGGCCGUGUAUUCUGGAAAAGAUGCUGGCGAAGUUGCACGGUGGUUACCACGCGCUGGACUCGCACUUUGAUGAACACCGCGUUGGCAUUGACGGGCCAUCCAUUCGUCGUCCGAUCGCGUGGAAAUACCUGUCGCGUGAGAAUCUGCAGCGUGCGACGGAGGGCGUUCCUGCGGAGGAGACUCCGUCGAACGUCGAGGUCGCACCGUCGCUGACGUCUCCCGAGCAGCUCGCCAGCAGCUGCGGCCGCGUCAUGUCGCUGCUGACGAGCGGCUUUUACGAGAGUUACCGCCUGCACCCGUUGGAGGAGAGCGCGAGGGGGAAGUGGUGGGACGUCGUGACGCAGGCCCUCGCCGCCCCCCGAAGCUCCUAUGGAAGCCGUGCAUCACGCCACAUCAGCAUGAUGCCGCCUGGCAUGGCCCCCCGCAUGGACGUGGAUGGCCGUCUUCAUCAGGCGUCUUCGGUGCGGCAGCACUCAACUUUCUGCAGUGCAAGUAGGAUGUCCAUCUCUGCGAACCCCUCCAUCAACGCCGCGGCUGCUGCUAGCCUGGCUGUGGACACGGGCGUUGUCGCCUUCAGCCGUGACGCUGCGCACACCUCCAACGGCAUCCACGCUCGCACCGCCUAUCAGGUGCUCCGUGCCUGCCAGGUGAACGGCGUCCGCCUGCUGAUGCUGCGCAACCCGUGGAGCGCGGCGCAGAAGUGGUCCGGCGACUGGGCAGACGACUCGCCGUUGUGGAAAAAGAACACGGAAAUUGCGAACGUGCUGCUGCAGCGCACCAGCACCUUCGUCGGGGGUGGGGAGACGAUCCGGGGGUUGUCGGAGGCAACCGCCUAUGUGAACGGUGACAACUCCGUGCUGACAAUGCAGUCCAACUUGAAGCGGUCGUUGAUCACGGCAAUGCGCAGCAGCAGCGGUGGCGAAAGCCCUGACAGCGGCGCAGCCGUAACACUCUCCUUCGCCUCCCCCUCCAUCGUGUCUACCGUCGCCAGCACUGGUGCUGGUGGGGGCGGCGGCGGCGGCGGCGGCGUCGCGCACGUGGCGAAGUCGACCUUCUGGAUGUCGUACACCGACUUCUUGCUGAACUUUGACUGGGUGCAUCUCUGCCGCGUCUUCGGCGACGAGUUCCACCGCCGCGACAUCCACCACGAGUGGACCUGCGAGACCGCAGGCGGCGAUUUGCAGCAGCUGUCCUGGCGCAACAACCCACACUACCGCCUGAUGCUGCCGCAGCGCACCACGGUGCGACUGCAGUUAAACCGGCGCGAUGUCGCUCUUCGCCGCUCCCACGCAGCCGCGGCGGCGGCCUCGGCAGACGCGCUGCUGCGUGGCGAGGGCGGGAUCGGGCUGCAGGUGAUCCGCGACGCUUAUUACCCCCUCCAUUGCCCCCCUUCUUUGCUGAACCCACACGAAAAGCACCAGCCGCCUUUUCCGGUCCCUAGCAGUGGGCCAGAGGGUGCGGUAGGUGGUGGUGGUGGUGGUGGAAACGAUCAGCAGGACAGCGCGAACCCGCCAGUCUCUGCUGUCCCUCCGCCCUCCCCCUUUUCCAACCUCCUCUUCUCUGCGGUGGAGCAAGUCGGGGACCACUUGACGGCGGUCAUCACGCUAGACGCCGGCACGCAGUACUGGAUCAUCCCGAGCACCCACGCCCCCCGCACUCUGGACCACUUUGACUUAACGGUGGUUGCCCCGGCUAGCUUUCGGGUGCUGGAGGCGGCGGAGGGGCAGUACUGGGACUCACACACCACAGCGCCGGAGCUGCUGGUGGCGUCGAGCAUGCCACAGGUGUGCCAGAGCGACGGCGAGCUGGCGAUUCUCUUCAACGCCCACGCCCGUGUCCUGGUGGACGAGGUGGCGGUGCUGCUGCAGGCCGAAAACCGGAAGCGGAUGGCGCAACUCGGCCAAAAAGGCGCCCCCUCUGCAGCGUCCACGGCGAGCAACACGGCGAACCCCCUCUCUCUCCCGCUGCAGCAGCCACAGCAGCCAUUGCAGCCGUGCCGAGUGGUGGUGACGGCCACGAUGGAGGUGGUGGAGAACGACGAAGAGGCGGGCGACUUCGGUGUUGACGAGGCAUACGAGCGGCAAAUGCGCCAGGACGACGCCUUCGAGCAGACCCCGGCGGUCUUGUUGACCAUGGUGCGAGGGGAGGUGGACUCGGCCGGCAACCCGUCCCGCACCAUCGGCGAGAUCGAACCGCACCCAUCCUGCAUCUACGCCAUGGGGCAAAAUGCGGUGCUGGAGACGGAGGUGGCCCCGGUCGCCGAGCACGAGGUGGCGUACUACACGGUCAUCUGCUCCCCUCGCCCUGCCGGCACUCACGCGCUCAUUUCGUAUCAAGUGUGGUGUGCGGCGCCCCUGCUGGAGGUGCGCAGUCUGCCCCGGUGGGCGAAGCAGGAGGUCACGGUCGGCUGGGACGAUGAGCGGGGCAGCGGCAACUUCUAUGACUGCGACGGCCACCCGCAGAUCGAGCUGACGGAGCUGCAGCCCUUUCAGCGCUUCACCGUGGCCCUGCGCAUGAUAGACUACGACACCAUCGUGCCGGCGAUCAUGUUCUCCGUCAUCCGCAUCGAUCACCAGACGGGCGAGCCGAUCAGCGGGCGGGUGGCUGAUAACGAGCUGUACGCGCGGUCCGAGUACGUCGACCUCCCCGAGGUGCAGACGAGCUUCGACCUCGGGGACGAUGUGCCGGCGUCGCUGCUGCUGAUUCCGUGCCUGCAGCCGACCGGCUCGCGUGGCCGCUGUGUCGUGACUAUCUCGUCGGACAGCGCGCACUUCCGCGCACGAGCGUUGUGCGGCGGAACCUGGAAGUGA